AUGGCCAAUGCAGAUACAGAUGUAAACAAAAGUGCCUCCUUGCCUGCGGAAGAACAGCCAGAGCCACCUGAUGGCCCCCUUCCUGGCUCGGCCAGAGACCAAGAGAAGAAAGUGAGAUUAUCUCCAGCCAAAAUGUCAACCAAGAACUCUACAGAUCUAGUUGAAUAUGUUGACAAGGGUUCCCCCUUUCUUCCUGUCAUUCCAAACAACCAGACAUGUCCUCUGGAAGACAGAUUGAAUAACCAGGAACGCACCAUAGCUUUCCUUCUUGAGCAAGCCUUCCGCAUCAAAGAGGACAUCUCCACUUGCCUCCAGGGGGCUCAGGGCUUUCGAAAAGAAGAAUCUCUUGCCAGGAAGUUACUAGAAAGUCACAUCCAGACCAUCACUAGCAUCGUCAAGAAACUCAACCAGAACAUUGAGGUCACAGACAUCCACACUGACCCAAGCUAUAACUGGACCGUGGACUCAGACAUGGCUGUCAGCAGCAGCUUAGGCCUGGACAACAUCCUGGCUCUGGGUGGAAGGAAUGACCACUCAGAUAUCCAUCUUGGCACUAGAUGUGAUUCAAGCAUUGUGAAGCUUUCCGGAGACAUCCAGUUGAUCAGGCACGAGUGCCGACAAGUUGAGAAAUCAUUCCAAGACCUCUUUUCUGCCCUAGAAACGCUUUCCAAGAACUUGGAUGUGAAGGUAAUGCAGCUCUUUGGAAAGAUAGAGGCAUCCUCUUCUGAGCACACCUCAAACUUAAAGAUCGUCCAGGGAGAUUAUCGGCAUGAAAUGAACCUCUUGGAAUUCAAAUUUAACUCACUUUCUACAAAUGUGUAUGAAGAAAUUGAAAACAAUCAAAAAUGGACAGAAAAUCAGUUUAUCAAGUACAGAAAAGACCACCUGGGUCAUAUAAAUGAAUGUCUGAAGGUUGUGCAGGAAAAGCUGGAAAAGUCUGAGAUGAAAACAGAAGAAAAAGUGUUGCAGCUUUCAAGCAACUUGGAGAAUUAUAUUAACUCCCAGAAACAGGAAGCAGAAGUAAACAAAAUAAAACUCAUAGAAAAUAAACUAUCCAAGAGAAUGAACCAGAUGGAAAAACGGAUCUGGGGUGAACUAGAGAGGAUGCAAAGUGACUAUCAAUCAGGAUUCAAAUCAAUUCAUGACUCCAUCAGCUCUCUCCAACAAAUACAGAAAACAAAAAUGGAUUUAGAGAAAUAUAAAGUACAGAAAGACCUGAAGAAAUUACAGCGUAAAAUUGUGGAACUCCAGGAAGUAUAACUUUGAAGUUACUUUCUUUCCCACUAGCUAGUUGUGAAGAAGAAAAUUAAGAUCUUUAGGAUGUUGACUUCUUCUAGUGUUUCUUAUCAUCUCCUAAAGAAACUGAUAUACCAGGAAAAAGGCACAAUAAAUCAAAAAGCUUCA